AAGAGGCAGGUGAUGACACGGCUCAUCAGCGUUGAGACAAUCAUCCAUAACAGGUGUGGUACCGUACAUAUCCGUCCGUCUGCAACGAAUGGCGGCCCCCCCGCUGUGACAUGGCUCUCGCUAGGGUGCACCUUGCCAAUGCCAGGCUUGACAUUCAUUGCUCAAGCCCUGAGCCCUGGCAGAAAGACGUUUUCGAUUUGUUGCUAGGCUGGAUUUUAGCGUUGCCUUCCGGAGCCAGCACAGGCACAAGGCGACGCCCCCAAACCCCUCCCAGGCUCCCUCCUCUUUUCUUGGCUUGGCAACCCAUCUCAUCUUAUCAUCUAUCGGGCGAUCAUCGUUAAUGAGGAACAAAACACACACCCUCGUCAGAAGUCAGAAGCCAACCUCGUGGGGUUCCGGAUGUUCCCAUCCACCCAUCUUUGGCCCUGAUUGCGCAUGUCUACGGCCCGACGCGUCGACUUGUUUGCAUCACGGUCAAUUGCAGAGCAUGUCAUUCAGCGUCAACAUACUCACCCACGGCGCAGACCUGCGGCAUGCGCUGCGCAGUAACAGCAACAAGGGAUGUCUGAUUCCUCUCCAUAUUGCGAUGGCACUUAUGUUCUUCUGUUCGGCCAGGGUACGUACGCUACCAUACAUCAUCUUGUAACCGCAAUACUUGGAUACGCCCGCAACAAGCAGAUGCGACGUCCUCUUUUGGGUGUCAAUAGGAUUCUUUGCACCUCUGCCAAGUGAGCAACUGAUUGUGGCUACCUAUUGUUCUUCACAUGGACCAAGUCCUAGCUCACAACUGUCAGUCUCUAGCUUGCUCUAUUUGGUUUGGCAGCAUUGUUCUGUGCUCCCAAAACGACCAAAUCUCCCAAGGCUAGUCGUCGGCUUUGCCGUUACGUGAAUAGCUAGAGCUUAUUUGCCUUGACUUUGUCUUAAAGGCACCAAAACGUGUGCAGCUAUCGGGCGCCUCUGCACUACCGGUAGGACAAACAAUCGCCACAAAGUUCUAUCCUGGCUUCUAGCCUGUGUUAAAUGUUUCCUUUACGUCAAAAUAACUGAUUAUGGGAGACUUUUGUGGUAUUUCCUCAUACCACAGCCCACUGCCAUAUCAGCCCCCUUAUUGAUGCUUACCGCGAGAGCCGAACUCAUGCCCUACUAGGAGGAAAGCAAGACAGCCUCGAAUCAAUUACCUUGUCCAACUUAAAGAGGACUCUUACCAGUCACUUCAUUGAUAUGCGUCACCGAUAGCUGCUUGCUCGCUGUAGCACGGGCUCAUUGUUGACCUGGAACAAUUCCUGGCCGUUGAAUCAUUUCAAACCCCUUUCUUCUUAUGCCUCUAAGCAUAUAGCAUGGAGUUACAGUGACAGUAUUGUUUGCCAGGGCCUGAAAUUCAAGCAACACCAAGAGUACUCGGCAAAGACUCUUGAAAAUUACAUUGCAGUCCUUGACACCACAUGGCCUCCGCAAAGUGAUCUAUCGUCUCUCUAUCCAGUCUAGGACUCUAUAGAUAUAGGAUUCAUUCGGAACUGAGUCUAUCCACAUAUGUAACAAGUCUCCAGUUUCUUCUGACCAGG